AUGCACCCUCUAAAUCCCUUUCUCCGUGCCUUCUUCCGAAGCACUGUACCGGGGCAGUGUCUGCCGAUCGAGAACCAUGUCCUUCUCGUCCCGAUCACUGAAUCCCUAGUUGGGUCGCGCGACCGUGAAUCCAGCCUCUACUAUUCGGAUCUUGUCGUUUCAGAGGAGUUUCUGGGGAGCCAUACGCUGCGAAUCCCGAUCGUCAAUGGAGCUAUCGGAGCCGCGAAGGAUGAUCUCAAUGUUCGUGACAGCAGAGGAAAGGCAAAACAGGUCACGACCGUCAAUGGUAGAACCGUCAUCGUGAAGGAGAAUUCGGUUUACAGCAACAAAGGCUUCAAAUCUCUAACCCAGGCUCAACUACUCUCGGAUGCUCUGUACUAUACGCCAAGUACAGACUCUCAGCCAUGGCUCAUCUACUACAUCUCUCGACCAUUGAUCGGCUCGUUUGACCCAGCAAAGAUCAUCUCUGCCGCCGUUCCCGGAACGCUACCUCCAAGAGCACUUAUAACCCCAGGAGGAAAACCCGGAGAUUCCAUCUCGUCGCUACCGAAAAAGGAGAUCAAAACUUUCGGAGAAUUGCUGGCCAACUUCCCUAUGAUUGCAAGGCAGAUGCAACCUGGCUUAGAGCGACUGUUUCGGGAGUUCGGAAAAGAGUUAGGAAAACCGUUACCUCCCCCUCCGUCGCGCUCACCUUCUAUUCCUGAAGAGUACGAACGUAAACGAACUCGAGAUGAAUAUGUACCUGAUGAGGCAGCUUCAAUUUGGAGCUCCUCCUCCCGCGGAAGAGAACGACUACCUUUCAAUUCUGAAGAAUACUUCGAGGACGAUGAAGACCUGAUGCGCCGCAGCCUGGAGACAGCAGUUACAGCAGCAAUUGAUUUGUUCCGAUUAGUGGACAAACAGCAAUUAUCUCUCCUUGGUGCGACCACCGACCUGACGGGACCUUUGGUCGAACGAUUAAUCGAGCGUUAUGUUGCUGAGCAAGUGCACGAAUCCCUCUUGUUUCCCCGGUUAUGCAGCUUCCGUCAACCUGAAGAUGCGGAGUUAGACGCCAGAACCCGCCAUAUGGAGAAUCUGGAUAUCUAUCAGGUUGGCAUUGUCGUUGAAGGUGGUCGUCAAGGUAAGCGGGAGUUGUUACAGCGUCUAGGGAGAGCAGUGGAGGCGUUCCGGAAAAUGCUGGACGCAAAAUGUCCUCACGACAUGUUGGGUACUCUACUGGGAACAGUUAAGGUCUUGUCGUAUCCCGGCACCUAUGACAACGCAUCUCAUGAGGCUUCGGAAAAACAGGUCGCCCCUGUUACCAUCAACGCUGAUAUUCUAGUAUCUCUGUUGCUUAUUGUGGUCAUAAGAUCUCAAGUCAGACAUCUUCAAGCAAGACUUUUGUAUAUGCAGCACUUCAUCUACAUCGACGAUGUCGAUAGUGGCGAGAUGGGUUAUGCUCUAAGCACAUUUGAGGCCGUUCUCACGUAUUUGGUGACUGAUUCAGCGGGCCUGCGCAGAGCCAGUAUUCGCAACAAGCGCUUAUGGAAUGCCACCAGGGGGGGUCGUAUCGCUGAGAUGAGGGCCAUUCUGGAGCCGAAUGGCGAUUAUGACUCGAUAGACGACAUUUCUGACGAACCGGAAGGGAAGACAGUGCUCUUCAAGACUCACGAAAACGAGGAACCGAAUGAACCUUUUCGAGGGCCAUCGUCCAUGUCUCAUGCGCUAGCCAAUUUAGAAUUGCAGUCCCAGGAAGGUGACAGAUCCAACGAGAUACCACCGCUUGCACAUGUAUUUCCUUUCCAGACAUGGGCCAGCAACCCUCCUUCGAAGGAAUUCCACCGCCCAGUGAAGAAGGUCUCGAUGGAUGUCCGCAGUAUCUCAGAGUCGUCUGCCAUUUCGUUCCUCUCGCGCACUACAACCAUCGAGUCAAUGACAAGUGCAAUAGAAGGAGAUAGUUCAAUCGAAACGUUGACGAAGACGCAGGAUCCUGCGGGCGAUUCGAUUCCUAUGAUGGCCAUUGAAAGCCGCCAGCCGGAGGCUCUCAGAUACUUAUUGAGCCUAGAAGAGUACUAUUCAUUGGAGGAUAUCCUCGAGGAUACUAAUAUUGAUGGCACAACGCUCCUAAGUGCUGCCGUGCAACUCGCUCACCCCGACAUGGUGGACACUCUGCUUGAUUUCAUGUUCAACGCAACUGACGAGCGAACCAUCGCCGCUUACCUGCGAAAGUCGGACCUGCAUGGCCGCACCGCUGCUCACUAUCUGUUCAGUACGCCAUCAGUAAUCCAUAGACUAGGAAAGAUCAUACCUUGGCGACAACGUGACAAGCAUGGACAGACACCACUUUUUGCCCUAUGCAGAUCUUAUGACCAUCCCAAUUACAGAUUGAUGGUGAAUGAAGCGCUGACGGCUGCCCAAACAAAUCAAGCAGACGGCAAACCUCUGCGUCUUGAUGACCACAUUGACUCAAGGAGCAAUACACUGCUGCACAUCGUUGGUGACCCCGAGAUAACUAUUCGAAUCCUGCAAGAGACCGAUUGUGAUCCCAACGCAACAAACGAGAAGAAAUUCACGCCCCUUAUGAUGGCGAGCAAGUAUGGCCGGGUCGACCAAGUGCGAAUCCUGUUCCUCGAUCCUCGAGUUGAUGUCCACCUCAAAGAAGCUCGCGGCUUGACGGCUGUCGAACUCGCCAAAGAUGAUGAGGUUCGAAAUCGCAUCGAUGAUCUCAUCCUGGUUUCAAAUCCGCCCUCGGCGUGCAAUGAUCCAUCAGGCCGAGUCACCACAGUUGUUCGUUCGUACUUUGUCGAGGAUGCGACAGUACGCUUUGUUCUGAAAUCCGGCGCGCCGACUUCUCAAUCUCAAUCCGCGGAUGCUCGCCCUGGCUCUACCACAUACACGGUCACAACAUGCCGUCGCACAUUCUCAGACUUUGAGAAUCUUGCCCAGUGCCUCUCAAUGGAACAUCCUGCCUCGUACAUUCCUUCGCUCUCCGAUUUUCGCAAUCCGUUCCAGAUACACUCCAAACCCUCCCGCUCGGUUCUCCAUGAUCUACAGGAGAAAUUGGAUAGGUUUCUGAAGAUUUUACUCACCCAUCCCACCUUCGCGACACACGAGAUGCUAUGGGAGUUCUUUUUGGUGCCUGAGCUGCAACCCGAUAUGAUGACUGAUAGGUCCCGUCGUAAGGCUUUGGUGCUCUCCGAGUCUAUUGUAGACGAUUAUGCGCCCGUGACAGCAGAGGGUAUGCGAGAAACAGAACAAUUCGUCUCACACACUCAGGAUAUGGUACGGGCCGUUCACGUGAAUACGCGCAGCCUCAUCCGUCGCGGUCACUCUCUGCAGAACGCCGCAUCCGAUAUGGCUGAUGCACUGACUUUGUGCUCGUCUGUGGUUUCGACACUCAGACCUCCUACCAACGCGCUUCCUCAGUCUCAUGUGGAUGCCUUCGCCCGUUACGCUUCUUACCUCUCAACAUCAUCCUCCGAUUCGUCUCCACUUCUUCAAUUCCUGUCGGCUCUCACGUCGAUUGACAACACGACCGUGGCCAUUCUUGGCUCGUUAUCGCGCCCUGUCUCGCUCAUCUCGAAUUUACAGUCUACAGCACGCAACCUGUCCCGUAACCGCUCCUCGCUCGUCUCUUCAUCCUUGCCCCGCAAAUUCAACAUCAACUUCCCGGGCCUGGAGGAAUCCCGGCAGAAAUCAGCCCGCGAUCUAGAGCAGAAGAUCCAGGAGUCGGAAGCCCAGAUCGGACGUCUCUCCCGCGAAAUUGCAUGGAACAAGGAUGUCGUCGUCGGUGAACUUGCUGGAUGGACCUCGUGGAGGGAACGAGUUGGCCGGGACGCCAUCCGCACCUUUGUCCGAACGACCCUGGUCCGAGAGAGAGAACGCGGGAAACGGCUGGAACGAUGCUUGAACCGGCUACGUGAGCUGAACAACCAAACAAUACCAUAG